CCCCCUCCACAGGGAAACUCUCCAAUCCCUAGCACUUCCCUCCUCCGCCGCCUUCAUGCCGUCCGGACGCCGCCGCCGCCGCCGCGACGGGCGAGCACAGAGCUCUGCGCCUUCCCCGCCGACCCCCCCGCCACCUUCCAUGCCACAGCUCCCCUCCCCUCCUCCUCCGCCGCCGCCUUCCAGGCCACAGCUCACCUCCCCUCCUCCGCCCCCGUCUCCCAUGCCACAGCUCACCUCUCCUCCCCCUCCUCCACCGCCGCCUUCCAGGCCACAGCUCACCUCCUGUCCUCCCCCGCCGCCGUCUCCCGUGCUACAGCGCACCUCCUCCCAUGGAAAUCUCCAAGCAACUUCCGCGGCCGACCUGAUCGCCAAGCAACUCCCCGAGGACCGCCGAGAAAUCUCUGCCUCCCAAGAUAGGCAUGGGGCUCUCCUGACUUCCGAUGACGGGCAGAUACGGCCCGUCGCUGAUGUCCUCAGGGAAUCUGAAUCCAAACGCAGAGCAGCUGUUGCUCUCGACAAGGCACUUCCGCCGCCGCCUCACGCCCCCCCCUCCAGCGGCGACGCUCUCCCUCCACGGCUGCACAUGUUAACAUGGCGCGAGGAGAGGGAAAGAGAGACAACACUGUUGGAGACUUCCUCUUCCUCUAUGCAACAAGCUACAAGGCAUGAGGAAAGGGAAAGAGGGACAACAUUGGAGGAGACUUCCUCUUCCUCUAUGCCACAAACUACAAGGCGCGAGGAGAGGGAAAGAGAGACACCACUGUUGGAGACUUUCUCUUCCUCUAUGCCACAAGCUACAAGGCAUGAGGAGAGGGAAAGAGGGACAACACUGGAGGAGACUUCCUCUUCCUCUAUGCCACAAACUACAAGGUUUAAGGUGCCAGAUCUCUUGUCAUUGAAGCAUGAUAUAAAUCUUUUGGCCGAUUCAUGUAUUUCGACAUUGGUGCCCACUGGUCUUAUGAUAAAAUAUUUUGUGAGAGUUGACAAUGAUGGAUUUUUCCAUACGUAUCCUGACCGUGGUGGACCGAUUGAGAGCAUACAGGAAGUUCAGGAAGCCAUUGACUCCCACCAUGCUGUUCAGCGAAAAAACAUAUGCAUGGAUGGACUUACCGACGAGGAGAGGGCUAUCCGAUAUGCUCUUUACUGGUAUCAUGAUGGCACACGGAAGCACUCCAUAGAAGCUUUUGUUUCCUGUACGACCGAUCUCCCUACAGAGGAAUUGGUUAAGGCUGUACUCGACAAAUACAAUGAGGACAAUGGUCUCGUCGGGGAUCUCGCAUGUGAACUAGAAGAUAUUGUGAGCCACAAUUCAUGUUUUGACGGGAAAGAUUGCUAUAGAUCUUACGAUCAUUUCAAUCUCACCAUGAAGACUAAAGGAGCUGCCAGCAACGAUCUGUACUUUGCUGAAGUCACAUGUAUGGACGGCGAUUAUGAAGCGUAUGUGCUCACCUGUAUCUGCGUGGUCAAACCUGAUGAUAAUGGUGAAUGCCAUGUCUGUGGAGCUGACAUGAAGCACCCUGCUCAUGAUGGAUACAACCGUGGCCGCACCCAGAAGUCAUAUGGACAUGGUAGACGUCGUGCACGUGGAGUUCCUUUAUUUGAGAAGUUAUUUGACGUGCGUGAUGAAGUUUGGCUGAAAGAAGAGGAGGAUAGGGUGAGACGUAUGAUCAAGGAAGGAAAGGAGGAAAGGCGCAAGUUUCAUACCGGCUAGACGAUGGAGGACAAUGAGUUGAAAAUGUGUAAAACACCACAACUAGAUGAGAGCGAGAUGAAACUUUAUUGAAUAGCCUCCAUCUUCAUAACACCACCACUUGGUGGCGUGUUGUUAUGCUGGUUACCUUGGAACCUAUAAGGAUUUAAUUAAUCUCCAUUGUUUACCAUUCAUAAAAAUUACAUCCA